AUGGCAGUGAACCAAGUAUUGAGCCUGUGGAACCCCGCAAUACUGUAUCAGGACAUCUCAGAGGUUCAUAGUGCUUCAUGUGUGGAGGACCAUCAAACAGACAUAGACUCAAUAUUUAAGUUGCUUGAGGAGAGUAUUUUCACUUUUGUGAAAGACGAGUUGAAGCGAAUGCAAAGGCUUUUAAAAUCAAAGUGUUCAGAUGGAGAAAUGGACACCGAUAUGAAUGAGGGCAUGAGGAGCAGCAGAGAGGCAUUUCAAAACAUCGCACUGCACUUCCUGAGAAGAAUAAACCACGAGAACCUGGCUGAUUCUCUGCAGAGCAAAUCCCCUGCAGUAUGUCAGCGUAAACUUAAAUUUAGUUUAAAAAGGAAAUUCCAGUGCUUGUUUGAGGGGACAGCUAAAACACGAAACCCAACUUUUUUGAAUGACAUCUACACAGAGCUCUACAUAACAGAAGAAGGGACUGGAGAGGUCAGCAAUGAACACGAGGUCAGACAGAUUGAAACCGCUGUGAGGAAACCGGCCAGACCAGAAAGAACGAUCACAUGUGAGGACAUCUUUAAAGCCUCAUCAGGUAAAGAUCAGGCAUGUAGAACAGUGCUGACAAAGGGAGUGGCUGGCAUUGGGAAAACAGUCUUGACACAGAAGUUCACUCUGGACUGGGCUGAGGACAAAGCUAACCAGGACAUCCAGUUCACAUUUCCAUUCACCUUCAGAGAGCUGAACCUGCUGAAGGGUACAAAUUUCAGUUUGGUGAAACUUUUUUAUCAUUUCUUUACUGAAGCCAAAGAAGCAGGACUCUGCAGCUUUGAGGAAUUACAGGUUGUGUUGAUCUUUGAUGGCCUGGAUGAGUGUCGACUUCCUCUGGACUUCCAAAACAAUAAGAUCCUGACUGAUGCUCGACAGCCCACUUCAGUGGAUGUUCUGCUGACAAACCUCAUCUGUGGGAACCUGCUUCCUUCUGCUCGGCUAUGGAUAACCACACGACCUGCAGCAGCCAAUCAGAUUCCACCUGGAUAUAUUGACAUGGUGACAGAGGUCAGAGGGUUCACUGACCUACAGAAGGAGGAGUACUUCAGAAAGAGAUUUGGAGAAGAGGAGCAAGCCAGCAGGAUCAUCUCUCACAUAAAGACUUCGCGAAGCCUGUACAUCAUGUGCCACAUCCCUGUAUUCUGCUGGAUCACUGCUACAGUUUUGGAGGAUGUGCUGAAAACCAGAGCAGGAGGAGAGCUGCCUAAGACCUUGACUGAGAUGUACAUCUACUUCCUAGUGGUUCAAGCAAAACUGUGGAGCAUCAAGUAUUGCAUUGGAGCUGAGGUGGAUCCGCACUGGAAUCCAGGGAGCAGGGAAAUGGUUUUGUCAUUGGGAAAACUAGCAUAUGAGCAGCUGCAGAAAGGUCACCUGAUCUUCUAUGAAUCAGACCUGACAGAAUCUGGCAUUGAUCUCAGAGUGGCCUCGGUGUACUCAGGAUUGUUCACACAGAUCUUUAAAGAGGAGAGGGGGCUGCACCAGGAGAAAGUGUUUUGCUUUGUCCAUCUGAGCGUUCAGGAGUUUCUAGCUGCUCUUUAUGUCUUUCUGACUUUGACAAACUUUGGCGUGAAUCUGUUUCAGUCUGAAACUUGGUGGUCAAAUUUAUUCAGGGACAAAUCUAAGCUAUCAUACCUUUUCCAAAGUGCUGUGGACAUGGCUGUACAGAGUCCCAAUGGACACCUGGACUUGUUUCUCCGCUUCCUUCUGGGUCUUUCCCUGCCAACAAAUCUCACACUUCUUGGUGGGUUGGUGACACAGAAAGGAAAUAUCUCUCUUGGGAAGCAGGAAACAAUUGAGUAUAUAAAGAGUGUGAUCAGGAGGAGUUUGUCACCAGAGAGAAGCAUUAACCUGUUCCACUGUCUGAAUGAGCUGAAUGACCAUUCUCUGGUUGAGGAGAUCCAACAGUAUCUGAAUUCAGGAACCCUUUCCCCAGAUGAACUGUCUCCUGCUCAGUGGUCAGCUCUGGUCUUCAUCUUACUGUCAUCAGAAGAAGACCUGGACAUGUUCGACCUGAAGAAAUACUCUGCUUCUGAUGAAGGUCUUCUGAGGCUGCUGCCUGUGGUCAAAGCCUCCAACAAAUCUCUGUUGAGUGGCUGUAAUCUGACAGAGAGAUGCUGUGAAGGUUUGGCCUCAGUUUUUAGCGCUCAGUCUUCCACUCUAAGAGAUGUUGAUUUGACAAACAACAACCUGCAGGACUCAGGACUGAAGUUGGUGUCUUCUGGACUGAAAAAUCCACAGUGUAGCCUAGAAAAGCUAAGGUUGAACCAAAACAAUCUCACGGAGAAAUGCUGUCAAGAGCUGUCAUUAGUUCUACAGACUUCUCAUUUGAGAGAAUUGGACUUGAGUUACAACAAUCUGCAGAACUCUGGACUGAAACAGCUCUCUGCUGGGCUAAAAGGUCCAAACUGUAGACUGGAAACACUCAGGCUGAUUGGUUGUAAUCUGUCAGAGAAAAGUCAUGAUACGCUGUUUUUCAUUCUCACCUCCUCUAAUCUGAGAGAGCUGGACCUGAGCAACAACAGCCUGAAGGAUUCAGGAGUGAUGCUCUUCUCUGAACAGGGAAAUCAGCACUGCAGACUGGAAACUCUCCGAUUGAGUCGAACUGGUCUCACAGAGCAAUGCUGUCAAGGGUUAUCAUCAGCUUUAUGCACAAAGGUGUCUAGUCUGAGAGUGCUGGACUUGAGUGACAAUGACCUGCAGAGCUCAGGAGUAAAACUGCUCUGUGAGGGACUUGGAAGUCCACACUGUCAACUCCAAACUCUAAGGUUAACUCAAACCAACCUCACAGAGAAAUGCUGCAAUGACAUCUCAACAAUUCUUAGCUCCCGGUCUUCAAGUCUGAGAGAUCUGGACCUCAGUAACAAUGAUCUGCAGGAUUCCGGAGUGACAUUUUUGUCUGCAGGACUGCAUAGUCCGUACUGCAUGCUGAAAACUCUCAGGUCAGAUUUCAACUUGUUGAAUCACACAAAUCUCACAGAGAAAUGUGGUCAAUAUAUCUCACUGGUCCUCAGCUCUGACUCUUGCAGUCUGAGACACCUGGAUUUGAGUAACAAUGACCUACGAGAUUCAGGAGUAAAACUGCUUUCUACUGGACUGAGGAGCCCACACUGUAGACUACAAACGUUUGGAUUGUCAGGCUGUUUGAUCACGGCAGAUGGCUGUACGUCUUUGGCGUCAGCUCUGAGGUCCAACCCCUCCUAUCUGAAAGAACUCGACCUCAGUUAUAACCAUCCAGAUGAGUUGGGAGUAAAGCUACGAUCUGUGGGACUGAAGGAUCCAAACUGGAGACUGGACUCCCUCAGCGAGGACCACAGUGGUCUUCAGAGGCUGAAAUCUGGUCUGAGGAAGUAUGCAUGUGAACUAACACUGGACCCAAACACAGCCCACAAAAAUGUUGUCCUGUUUGAGAACAACAGAAAAGUAAGACUGUCACCAGAGAAGCAGCCAUAUCCUGAACACCCGGACAGAUUCGACUGGUGCUACCAGCUGCUCUGUACAACGGGUCUGACAGGCCGCUGUUACUGGGAGGUGGAGUGGAAAGGAGGUGUUGAUAUUGGAGCAACUUACAAAAGCGUCAGAAGGAGGGGAGCUCUAGAUGGCAGCAGGCUUGGAUGGAAUGAGAAAUCAUGGAAUUUAGAGUUCAAUGAUAAAAACAUCUACGCCUGGCACAAUAAUAUAAAAACAGUUCUCCUUGCUCCUCUGUCCUCUGCCUCUGAAAGAGUGGGAGUAUAUUUAGACUGGACUGAAGGCACUCUGGCUUUCUACGCAGUCUUGCCUGAUUCACAGAUUCACCUGUACACCUUUUUCUGUGGUGCCUUCACUGAACCACUUUACCCUGGGUUUGGGUUCUUAUCAAUAGACUCUUCUGUGUCACUGUUAGAAAUAUAAUCUAUCCAAAAAAGGCUAAUUUUUCCUGGUGAAAUAGCCAUAGGUCUCGGUAAUGCAGCAAAAAAGAAAAAAAGAAAAAUAUUUAAUAGAUGUUAAAAAGAAG